AAGACAACAUCCCAUUUCUGUUCUUUGUUCUUUAUCAACUAUCAUUUAUAGGUAUGAAAUAGCUGCAGUACCUCUCCAGAAACUUUAGAGAGUUACAAUAAUACUUGAUCUGCCAAUUCUGUUUAGUAUAAACAAAAGACAACACAUAAUUGUUGGUUGAUAGUAUCUGUUUGUGGUUUACUGAGUUGGAUAAAAUGACUAUUCCAAGAAUGCUGAAGCCUUGAUUCCAUUAAUUAUAUGUUUGAAUGAACUAGACUUGCUAUCUCGCACAGCCAGAUUCCCCGGCGUACUAGGAAAAAACCUACUGUCUUCUUCUGUCACCUUCUUUGAGGCAUUGGAAUAGUUUCUUAAUUGUGUUGAAUUUUCCCUAAUAGGAUUUUUCAUCAGAGGACAUGGAGCUUUCGACUAGUGAACUCAGCAUUUACGAUAAACUUUCAGAGACUAUUGACUUGGUGAGACAGACAGGUCACCAAUGUGGUAUGUCUGAAAAGGCCAUUGAGAAAUUCAUCAAACAACUCUUAGAAAAAAAUGAACCACAAAGGGGACCCCCGCGCUUUCCUCUAUUAAUGGUUCUCUAUAAGGGAUUGGUUACCCUGGGCGUAGUUUUACUAACAGCAUACUUCAUGAUCCAGCCAUAUACGCUUUCACCAUCUGAAAACACACUCACCAAAAACCAUCCAUUGGGUUCCCUUUUUCAUCAUAUCCGGUUGCUGCCAUUACCCAUUACCAAGAAAUAUAUGCUGGAGAAAUGUCCAGAGUGGUGGAGCUUAGACUGUAGGUGGAAUAUGUCUCUAACUUCCAAGUGUUCUUGCUGCUGCUCCAUGAGAACGCUUGUUGCUCCAGUUGACAUCAGGCAGCUAUCGGACGUCAGGCAGCUGCAAGGGCAGCCUCUCUUGAUCAAGACAGGACAGUAUCGUUCUUAUGCUGAAAUGAAACAUUUUCAGUCCCUCUACCCGCAAUUGACAAAUUUUGUGAUACAAGAGGAGUCAGCUGAGUUGUGGAGCAGCCCUUCCAACAAGCAGCAAUCUCCACUUCCUGUUUUCUG